AUGGCAAAGGAUGUAAGGCAAGUGGUGGCUGGCUUACUAACAUGUUCAAUGCUUAUAAUGCUUUGCAAUAUGGUUAAAAGAGAUCAUUUUGAUCCUAUUUAUGUGGAAAAUCUUUCAGUGCAAUAUGAUAUGAUAAAAGUAUCAAAGCAAAGCCUUGUUAAACUCUCAGACAGUACAAGUGGAGGGAUUUGGAGGGAAAACUUUUCCCUUAAACCUUGUUGGAGGAAGCCAUUAUCAACAACAAAUGAAGAACAGGCAAAAGGCUACAUCUUUUUUAAUCUAACAGACAACCCUGAAGAUCAUGUUACACAGAUUGCUAAUGCAGUAUUUGUGGCCAAAUACCUUGGAGCAACUCUAGUCCUUCCUGAAAUAAGAGGAACCCAAACAGGGCACAAGAGGCAAUUUGGUGAUAUUUAUGACAUAAAAAGAUUCACGACAAGUUUAGAUGGUACAAUUCGAGUAGUCAAAGAUCCACCAAUCGAAGCAUCAAAAGUAAACAUGACUAACAUAAAGGUGCCUUUCAUGGUGACCAAAGACUACAUUGAAACAAAAAUUGAGCCAAUAUUCAAAGCCAAAGGAAACUUAAUGCUUACAACAGACUUGUCACCUUCAACUAUGGCCAAAGCCAAAGAGAUCAUAAAAAAAGACAAUGAAAAGAUGAACCCUUAUGCAUGCUUAGCAAUAUUUGGGAGUCUUGAAUUGCAACAAGAGUUAAAUCAAUUGAUUAGCUCAAUGAUUGGGACAUUAAGAAGUUUAAGCUAUAAAACAAAUGGACAAUUUGUUGCUGUGGACUUAAAGGUUGAAUCUUUGGGAAAUUUGUGCAAAGGGAAUGUUAUUAAAACUAAGGAUUGUUUUAAUGCCAAAGAUAUUGGUGAGUUCUUGAAGAAGAUUGGUUAUCAAAGGCACACUACUAUUUACUUGACUCAAAGUGGAUGGCAUGGUAGCCUUGAUGAUUUCAGAAAGAUCUUCCCCAACACAUUCACCAAGGAUGCUAUAAUUCCAGCAUAUGAGAAGGCUAAGUACCAAAUCACAAAAAGUUCAGAGUUUGAGAAAGUUAUUGACUUCCAAAUAUGCACACAAGCUGAUGUAUUUGUACCAACAAUCUCCAAUCUAUUCUACACUAAUGUUGUGGCAAAGAGAAUUGCCUCUGGAAAGACAGAGGUACUUGAUCCAACACAAAAGGAUUCUGCUUCAUCUGCUGCCGUCAACUAUGUCUCUCCAUACAUCUCCAAGAAAUCACACUGGGCUUAUUCAUGUUUCUGUUGAUGAUUAGUCAUAUAAGUGUUGAACAAUUUGUCUCUAGUUUUAUUUUAGAGUAGCCUAUAGUUCAAAAGUAGUAGUAAUAAAUAAGGUGCAUAUAGUAGCUAUUAAUAGUAUGUUUAGCAAUUGUUGUAUACAAUCUUGUAGUUUUGAAUGUCUUGUUUACAAGUAUACUUAUCAAAUUGUUGUA